GGCCCCACCUUUCAUUCCAGCACAGUGCACCGGCGAGCAGGAUGAGUCACAGGCACGCGCUGGUGCUUAGAUUCCCAUAGGUGAGGGGCUGACUCCUCUCUCUGGGGAAUCGCGGUGCUUGGUCUGCCUGGAGAGGCCUCGGCAGGGUGCUGGUGCCCUCCGUCUGCCCGGUCUGGUCUCCGGGGCCAGGACUGGGUCCCCUCAUGGAUGGCAAGGGCACACGGUGGGCCGAGCUGCUACUCCUUGGCAUACAGCUGACAGUUCUUUGGCCUAUAGCAGCGGUGGAAAUUUAUACCUCCCGAGUGGUGGAGGCUGUCAAUGGGACAGAUGUUCGGUUAAAAUGCACUUUCUCCAGCUUCGCUCCUGUGGGUGACGCACUAACAGUGACCUGGAACUUCCGUCCUCGGGAAGGAGGGCCCGAACAGUUUGUCUUCUACUACCACAUGGAUCCCUUCAAACCCAUGAGUGGGCAUUUCAAGGACCGGGUGGUCUGGGACGGGAACCCUGAGCGGUAUGAUGCCUCCAUCAUCCUCUGGAAGCUGCAGUUUGAUGACAAUGGGACGUACACCUGCCAGGUGAAGAACCCCCCUGACGUUGAUGGGCUGAUAGGGGAGAUCCGGCUCAGCGUCGUGCACACUGCACGCUUUUCUGAGAUCUACUUCCUGGCUCUGGCCAUUGGCUCUGCCUGUGCACUGAUGGUCAUAAUAGUAAUUGUGGUGGUCCUCUUCCAGCAUUUCCGGAAAAAGCGAUGGGCUGAAAGAGCUCAGAAAGUGGUGGAGAUAAAAUCAAAAGAAGAGGAAAAACUCAACCAAGAAAAAAAGGUCUCUGUUUAUUUAGAAGACACAGACUAACAUUCUUAUACGGAAGCUGAAGAACAAGAACCCUAGGAUAAGUUGAAGUUAAAGGAGGCUUUUCUUUGGCUUUUACAGUUGGGACCUGUCUUCCCACCAGCUCUGCAACACAUUAUCACAGAAAUAAGCGACAUCCCUUUGGAGCUGGCACAGGGCUCUUCCUGAGCAGAUACCACCAGACUCAUACACAGCCCCAUUACUAAGGUUUUAUUUGAUCUCAGAGUGCGAAUAUUUUUCAAAUGCUUUUGUACACUAAGAAGCUACAUUUUUGCCCUUAAACACUCCCUGUGUUUUAUGACUUGUACACAUACACGUUGGCACCAAGGGAUAAAAAGCCAACUUCUCUGUCAUGACAAUUCCCUGGACAUAUUGGUUUCUUUAGAGCGGCACUCUUGUCACUAAAGUUAAUGUGUUUACUCAUUCCUUCUCACACUCUCAAUUAAAAGGUGAGCUAAUUCUCC